AACAACAAAAAAACAUCAUAUGAUAUCAUCAUCAUGACAGUAUACAAUGCUGCUUUCAUCAACACACAGCUCUCAAAACAAACAUCAAUCUUCGGUCUCCGUCUUUGGGUCCUCAUCGGAAUCCUCAUCGGUUCCAUAAUUGUCUUCACUCUCUUCCUUCUCUCUCUCUGUCUCACUUCACGCCGCCGCAAAAACCACCACAAAACCACCAAACUCAACCACCACUCUCCUAUCAUCUCCAAAGAAAUCCAAGAAAUCAUCCACGCGCCGCCCUCAUCCGAGAUCCAUGUCGUCGACACCGUCAAACUAGAACUCCACAACCUCAACAAUAAUAAUAACAACAACAACAACCGUGUUGUUUCAACCAGUGGAGAGAGUAGAGGAAAUGGUAGUGUGAGUGAAACGGCGUCGUCUUUUGGAAGUGUGGGACCGGAAGUUUCGCACCUUGGAUGGGGAAGAUGGUAUACUCUUAGAGAACUUGAAGCUGCUACUAAUGGUUUGUGUGAAGAAAAUGUUAUUGGUGAAGGUGGUUAUGGUAUUGUUUACAGUGGUGUUCUUCCUGAUGGUGUCAAAAUUGCUGUUAAGAAUCUUUUGAAUAACAAAGGCCAAGCUGAGAGAGAAUUCAAAGUUGAGGUAGAAGUAAUUGGUCGAGUACGACACAAGAAUCUUGUUAGAUUGCUUGGAUACUGUGUUGAGGGGGCAUACAGGAUGCUUGUGUAUGAAUAUGUCGAUAAUGGCAAUCUAGACCAGUGGUUACAUGGGGAUGUUGGACCUGUAAGCCCUAUGACAUGGGAUAUCCGGAUGAACAUUUUAUUGGGCACGGCAAAAGGAUUGGCUUAUCUUCAUGAGGGUCUUGAACCAAAAGUUGUUCACCGAGAUGUGAAAUCAAGCAACAUACUCAUUGAUCGCCAAUGGAACCCCAAGGUUUCUGAUUUCGGUCUUGCUAAGCUUCUGCAUUCUGACCACAGCUAUGUCACGACUCGAGUCAUGGGGACAUUUGGUUAUGUUGCGCCCGAGUAUGCGUGCACUGGAAUGCUGACGGAGAGGAGUGACGUGUAUAGUUUUGGGAUACUCAUCAUGGAACUAAUCACCGGAAGAAGUCCUGUUGAUUAUAGCAGACCACAAGGAGAGGUUAAUUUAGUUGAGUGGUUGAAAAAUAUGGUUGGAAGUCGAAAAGCUGAGGAAGUAGUUGAUCCUAAGCUUUCGGAGAAACCAUCUUCAAAGGCUCUUAAACGGGCUUUAUUGGUUGCUCUUCGAUGCGUUGAUCCUGAUUCCAUAAAGAGGCCUAAAAUGGGACAUGUGAUCCACAUGCUUGAGGCUGAAGAUCUCUUAUUUCGUGAGGAUCGAAGAGUCACCGGAGAAUCUUCUCAUUCCCAUCGUGAUUAUCAACGAGAGCAUGAGGGUUCGAGUUUAGAUAAAAAUCAGAUAGGUGGAGAGAUCACUGAUCAAAGUGAUGAUAGUAGUAGAAGUUACCAUCAACAUACUAGGCGGAGAUGAUAGUAUAGUCUGAAAAUUGAGAUAGCAAUGUCUAUUAUUUUUGUUCUUAACUAGUAGGACACCUGUGCGUUGUGCGUGACGCACAGGGUCGCGCGUUGCCCAUUAUUGAUUUCCAUCUCAAUGAGGGAAUAAUCAAUCAUUUUUUUCUUCCUCUUGUUUCCAUAAAUUCCCUCAUUGUCACCUACCAUAAUUUGCAAUUCAUUUGUAAUUUUGUAUACUAUAUGAUUUAUCAUUAUAAAAUUCAUAAUUUUUUGUCUCUA